AUGUCGAUUACAUUCAAGAAAAAAGUUUCAUCUACUCCAAAUGUUCGAUUACCAUUGGGUACUCGAUUGAAUUCCAAUGGAACUUUGUUAUUGACAUCAACCGGCAUCUCAUCUUUAGACACAUUUAUUGGUGGUGGCCUACCGAUCGGCUCACUACUGUUAAUAUACGAAGAUCAGAACUGUAAUUUGUCUGAUUCCAUUGUACGUUGUUAUCUGUCAGAAGGUAUCUAUAACAAACAAGACUUAUGUGUAGCGGCUUUACGAACUGAUCCAAUAGAAAAUCUACCGACGAAAGAAGAAAAUAUUUCAUCAUCCGAUAAUCGUACCGAUGAAGAGAAUGAAAAGAUGAAAAUCGCUUGGCGUUACGAAAAUCUUUCCACUAUUGAUUCAGCAGCGGCAUCAACUAUUCACUAUGAUCUUCAAUCCAGCAAACCAAUUCCAAAUGAACUUAAAGAACAAGUCAAAAUACACAAAAUCACCUGGAAUGAUUGUACAUCCUCGCAAUCCUACCGACAAUAUUUGUUAAAAUCACUUCAUAAACUACUGACAAAUGAUUAUUCGUCUCAACAAGCAGAAAAACGCAUUCUCCGUAUUGGUAUUCAAUCAUUAUCUCUAUCAUUGUUCGAUGGUAACUCGGCAAAUCAUUUCGAUGAACUAUUCGCAUUCCUAUAUCAUCUCCGAAUCCUACUACGAACAUCAUUAGCAACAUGUGUGAUAACAUUGAAUGAAAAAUCGAAGCUAUUUGAAACAGUCGCUGAUUUAGUUUUCGAGUUGAAACUAUCGAAUCUAAUUCAUACUGAUUAUGUUGCAUUCUGUCAAUUGGUUAAACUACCGAAGUUGAAUACUAUCCAACCAAUUAUACCUGAUACAUGGGAUAUUGGAAUCAAAUUGAUUAAACAUCGUAAAAAUUUAGUUUUUGAAAAGUAUUCGAUUCCACCGGAUCUUAGUGCAGACGCUAGUCGGGAUGAGAAAACGAAAUCGUUAACGUGCACGCCAUCGAAAGAAUUCGAUUUUUGA